CACGACGACGCGCAUCGACGAGGCGCGUCGACCGCAUGACGGCGCCACGAGAAACGGCGUCGCGACGCUGUCGUCAGGCGGCGCCGGUCGUGAGGAAACGUGACGGGGUGUACGGUGCAGUGCGAAACGAGCGGACGGUGGGUAACUGAAGGAGAAAGCAGCAGCGCCUCCGUCUCCGUCGCGUCGCGUCACGUCGGUAUCCCCCAGGUCGACCUUUCAGUUGCCGCGCGUUUCGCUCUCGACCGCUCCUAGAAACUCUGGAGACGAGGUUGAGCGCGAGUGCGAGCGCGCACACGCGCUCUUUUCACGACUCUCUCGCUCCUACCCCGUCCUACCGUCACCUCCUCUCUCUCCUUCUCCCCGUCUCUCUUUCUGUCAUUCAUAUCUUUUCGCCUACUCCUCUGUUGCUUUCCUCGUCGGCACGCUCUCUCGGAGACAGUCUCGUUAUACGUACUUGCCGCAACGUCCGAUAUCUGAAAGAUACAGAAGAUCUAAACUAGUGAAGAUCUACAUGGAUGAACGAUUCUAAACUUUCUCAGGAUAAUGCGCGGACUGACAAUUCAUUUCAUCGCACGAAUUGGAGCGAAUAAUUCAUGCGACGGAGAGAGGACACCGAAGGAGGUGCAUAAUAUGAUGAUCGUCCCAAAAUAAUUUAACUUUGUAUAUUUAAUAUACAAAAAAAUCCUUUUGAAAACGAGCGAAUUCUGUGAAAUGCUUCCGAGUUCUGAAAGAAUAUGCUAGAAUAUUAUUGUUCGUUCACGUAGAUUCGCGUAAGAAUUUUUCGGCUAAAGAACAUGGAAGAUAUAAAAGUGCCGAACCUAGGACAGGCCGCAUCGGCCGCAUGUUCUAUGGCGACCAAUUUCCUGGCGCCGGUGAAGACCGAGCGGCAGAUCUAUGAAAAUUCGAUGCUUGAGGACGAUCCUAAUGCAAACUCAGUAGUACCGACCUCGCAGGAAGACAGAACUGUGCCCAGAUGGGGUCCGAAUCACAAAGGCGCCCAAGAGCUCGCGAAUCUAUAUAGCACCGGAAAGAGAACACAAGAAUGUAUCUGUGUGGGGAUCUGUAUCACCCUGAUAGCUGUGAACUCUGUAUUCGUGCUUAUCAAAUUACGACUAGAAAAUUUGAGUUCCAUAGCAAUAGCUGCAUUGUGCGGUAUCAUCACCGCCGACUUUGGCUCCGGUUUGGUUCAUUGGGCUGCUGAUACCUGGGGAUCCGUUGAACUUCCAAUCCUGGGGAAGAAUUUCCUACGACCAUUUCGCGAGCAUCACAUAGAUCCUACCAGUAUAACGAGACACGAUUUCAUAGAAACUAAUGGCGAUAAUUUUAUGGUCGCGAUACCAGUCCUGUCUAAGCUCACGUGGGACUUUCUAACGUUGUCUGAAAUAGAAAUGCAACAACGAUUCGUGUGGACGUGUUAUUGGUUCCUGCUUGCCAUUUUUGUAGCAAUGACUAAUCAGAUACAUAAGUGGUCGCAUACGUAUUUCGGAUUACCUGGCUGGGUUAUUUGGCUUCAAGAGCUCAGGAUUAUCCUGCCGAGGAAGCAUCACCGCGUACACCACGUCGCACCCCAUGAGACUUACUUUUGCAUCACUACGGGAUGGCUGAACUGGCCUUUAGAAAAACUUCAAUUUUGGUAUAUUUUGGAGGUGAUAAUCGAGUGGUCCACCGGUUGCAAACCUAGAGCUGACGAUCUGAAAUGGGCGCAAAAACGUUCUUGA